UGUGUGAGUACUAUUAUGACGUCACAGUAGUUCUGACGUGUGCGUCGAUAAGUCGACCAAAACAAAACCGAGAAAAACAAUAAAAAUGGCAUCAAAUUUGGAGCAGAUGUCAGUACUGAAGAGAGUUCCUUUUCCUGGGCACAUGAUUAAACCAAGGUGGAAGUAUUUGAACGGAACAUCGCUUUCUGAACUUCAAGUGAAAACGUAUUUAAUUCAACAUCCAAAAGUCUUUGAAAACUUUGUGCUGGAAUCCGUCUCGGAAUCAAAACUGGAAGAACUGUUACAAAUGAAAAGAGACCGUCCUUGCAUUACAGCUAUUGGUGAACAGUCCAUUGCUUUACAGUCACUUUAUCUCAAGGACCGAGUCAAAGAAAUAGCAGAGGUUUUAACCACCAGUUACAACGAAAAGGAUCAACAAAGACGCAUGGUUGAAACAACACACGUUUUAGGACGCGCCAUAAAUGCCAAUGAUUUUGCGUUUUACGUGCCAACACAUAAUGAAACCAUGCUGUCUCUGUACCAUGAUGGAGAAUUGGUACCGUGCGGCCCCGUGGGUAAAAAUCUGACUGUUGCCGCUCACGCUGUGUCGGAAAAGAAGACCAUAGUUGUUCGAGAUUUGCAAAUGGACCCAAGAUUUCCAAAAGGCAUUAGUCCAAAGGGAAUGAAAGACUGCAGUGUUUUGUGUGUUCCAGUGGUACUCCCUAGCGCAGACACAGUUGGCGUGAUGGAGUUCACGAGGGAUCAGUUAAAACAACCUUUCUCUGAUACUGAUGUGCAAGUCACCAAUGCAGUAGUUUCAUGGAUGGCGGCUUGUAUACAUGAAAACGGCCUCAAAAGAAUUCUAGACACGCAACAUGAACUCAACGAAUUCCUACUAGAAAUAACCAAAGGGCUAUUCAAGGAGAUAACAUGUGUUGACAAAGUUGCUAAAACCAUUCUUCAUUUCACAAAGGAUCUUUUAGAUGCCGAUCGGUGUUCUAUGUAUGUAAUUGAUGAGGAACAGUCGAAGUCGUAUGUAGCUUAUGAAGAUACUGGCACAAAGGAUGCAGAUGGAGAGGAAGUGUAUAAGAAAAGGAAAGUCCAUGAUCUACAAAGCGAAGAUAAAAUUGCUUGGGAGGUUAUCGAGAAAGGAAAGGUUAUUAACAUAUACAAUGCGUACGAUGACGAAAGGUUUGAGAAAGAAACAGACAAACAGUCUAGAUACCAUACUAAACACAUUCUUUGUAUGCCCAUUCAUCACAAGGACCAAGUUUUUGGCGUCACCAAAAUCAUCAAUUGUCUUCACCACGACCAUUUCACAAAGGCAGACGAGGAAUAUUUCAACCUCUUUUCCGAUUAUUGUGCUUUGGCUCUACAUUACAGCAGAAUUUAUAGUUUACUGUACCAGCAACAAAACAUUUACAAAGUGGCGGUUGAUGUUUUGCAGUAUCACAUUGUUUGUGCAGAGGACGAGGUGUUAUCACUCCAGCGAAAACCUUACAUCGAAAACGAGGCUAUUCCAGACAAUUUUAACUCUAUAGAUUUCUAUGCCUAUCACCACGUAGAAAGUCUUCCUCGGCUCUUCAUUUACAUAACUUCUGAUCUUUUUGGGAAAGAUACGUUUGAGAUGGAGAAACUAUGCCGGUUUAUCCUCACGGUCCGAAAGAACUAUCGUCCUGUCACAUAUCACAACUGGGAACACGGGUUUCAUGUAGCGCAUGCGCUUUGGCAGAUGAUUAAAGCAAACGAAGACAUCUUUACAAAAUUCGAAAAAAUGGCCCUGAUAAUUGGUGGUAUAUGCCACGACCUCGAUCAUAGAGGUUAUAACAAUGAUUUCUUUCAAAAGCUAAAUCUUCCUUUGGCAUCUUUAUAUUCCACAUCUGUAAUGGAACAACAUCAUUACAAGCAGACCAUAACCAUUCUCCAUACCGAGGGGCAAGAUAUUUUCUCGUUUCUAAAUGGACCACAAUACAAGGAAAUGUUGGAACUUCUUCGCAAUCAUAUCAUUGCAACAGAUCUAGCCUUGUAUUUCACUAAUCAGAAGGAAGCAAGCAAACGUCUGGAGGAGGGAACUUUUGAUAUGAGUGACCCAACCGCUCGGGCAUGUUGUGAAGCCCUUAUGAUGACCGCUGCUGAUCUUUGUGCUGUGGCAAAACCCUGGGACACACAGAUAGAAACAGUAGACAGGCUGUAUAACGAGUUCUAUCAACAAGGAGAUGAAGAAAAGAAGCAAGGGUUGACUCCGAUUCCCAUGAUGGAUCGUGAAAACAGUAAAGAUCAACCAAAGCAACAAAUCGGGUUCAUCAACUUUAUUUGUAUGCCAUUGUACAAUACAUUGUCAAAGAUCAUAAAUGGUGUUGAACCUUACGUUGAGGGAUGCUUGGUGAACAAAGAAAAGUGGGCAGAGAAAUGUGAACAAGGAUGCUGAAUAAAAUCAAACUGUAUACAUCAAUUCUGAAUUAGAUAUUGUUUUUGUUUUAUCUCUUUUCCUUUAAACUGAA